AUGUCAUCCACCCCUGCUACUGCUCACACCAAUCUCAGCUCUGAGACCAGUUCUACAACUGCUACAUCUGCCAGUUCCGGACGUAAGGUUCCAGCCUGGAUGCUAGCACCAUACGAAGAGAAAGAAGUGCGAGCGAGAUGUCAAGAACAAGCCGACCGGAUGUGUGCUGACAAGUUUCUGGCCUUUGGACGCUGCAGCGAGAAAAACCAGCUGCUGUUCUCCUGGAAGUGUGCCGAGCAGAAAAAAGCCAUGAUCGAUUGCGUCGCUUACUGGGGCAGCACCGAGAAAUUCGAAGAAGUCCAAGACCGCUACAUCACCGAGAAACAAGAAAAACUCCGCAAAGAGGGUCGUCUAUAA